AUGGUAACCGCAGCCUCCUCUACCAGCAUGCACCGGGCGGAGCGCCCCCUGACGGAGCGGUGGCAGGUGGAGGCGCAGCAGCAGGGCGGAGUCGCAGACAGACGGACGGACCAGCCAGGAGGAGUGAUGAUGGAAGGAGACGCAGCUCCCCUCGUAGAUGGUUUUGCCCCUGAGGAGCAGUGCAUGCUGGGAGACCUCCACUCUGUCUGUUCUCUGGAAAAACUCCCAAAUGGAAGCAGAGUGAAGGAGGAGGAGGUGGAGCAACAGGAAGGAGGUGAACUGAUAAUGAGGAGGUCUGAGGAGCAGCCAGAGAGGAGAAAUGAGGAGGAGAAAUCCAUGAUGAACAAACAGGAGCAGCUAGGUGACAAGGAGACAGAGAGGGAGAGCCCCUGCUCCUCCAUCACACCUCCUCCUGAUGAGAGAGGAGCAGAUGAAGAAGAGGAGGAAGUCAAACAGAAAGAGGAGGUGUUAGUUGAAAAGAAGCAGCUAGAAGCAGGAGCCAAAGAUGAGGAGUUGGAGAAGAAACAGAAGCAGCCUGAGACUCUCUGCUCCUCCAUCACACCUCCUCCUUUACAACAGGAGCAGGGAAGAGCUGACGAAGAGGAGGAGCAAGUCAGAGGAGAAGAACAGGAAGAAGAGGAGAGAGAAAAGGAAGACGAAAAGGAGGUGAUAAAGGAGAAACGAGUAAAUGUGACAGAUAAGGAGGAGCACCAUGCAGGAGGAGGUGCAGACACUCCUUGCUCUCCCCUCACACCUCCUCUAGAUGUAAGAGGAGCUGACAAACAGAAGGAGGGGCAGCAGGAGCCCAUCCCAGAGGUAAACAAAACAACCGCUCCCAGCAGUUCGGAGCCUACUGCUCCUCCUGCUCCUGCAGAUGAGGAGGUCCCUGCUGAUAAAACAAACGCUCCUCUGACCAACGGAGUCGACAGGAGGCGUUUGAUUUCAGGUCCUCCAACCUCCUCCUCUCCCAAACUUGCUCCUCCUCCUCAGAAAACAAGCGCUCCUCGAGCUAAACAGGCUGCCCCAGGCAGGAAAUCAGGCACUCCUCCUCCUCUGAAGAAAGAAAAAGCAGCUGUAAAAGAAACCACAGAAGAAGUUGUGAAGGCCUCCAGGUCAGCAGGAGGCGCCAGAGCAGCAAAGAUGAUCUCAGCCAAGAGUACAGAAUCUGUAGAUGGUGGUAGUCCAGGAAGUCGUUCUCCUGCCAGCCGAUCAUCGACUCCAAACAGAGACGUAAAGAAGGUGGCGGUGGUCCGGACCCCCCCCAGGUCCCCUGGCUCCGCCCGGGGCCGGACGCCCCCCCUCCCCUCUCACCCCAUGCCUGACCUCACCAACGUGAGGUCAAAGGUCGGAUCCACAGAGAACCUGAAACACACACCUGGAGGAGGCAAGGUGUCCAUGGUCAAUAAGAAGCUGGACCUGACCAAUGUGACCUCUAAAUGUGGCUCCAAAGCCAACAUCUCCCACAAACCAGGUGGAGGGCGGGUGGAGAUCAAAUCAGAGAAGUUGGAAUUUAAAACUGUUCAGUCUAAAGUUGGUUCUCUGGAGAACGUCACUCAUGUGCCAGGAGGAGGGAAGAAGAAGAUCGAGACCCAGAAGCUGACCUUCAGGGAGAGCGCCAAAGCUCGGACUGACCACGGCGCCGAGAUCAUUGUCCAGCCUGACGGCCUUAACACCGCUGAAGCCCCGCCCCUCGACCCGGCCGAACAGGUGACCGACUCCCUUGCCAAACAAGGCCUGUGAUUGGCCAACCCUGUGCCUGCAGACCCCGCCCCUUCCUGUUACCAAGAAACUACCUGACGGAAGAAAGAAAACAAAACAUGUCAUUUCCUCUAAACCUCCACCUGACAAACCAAAGAUUGGAGGGAUUUUAUGUCAGUCAGGUCACACGUCCUCUGGUUAGCCUAGGUUUGCAUAAAGAAUGGGAACACAGGGAAAUGGUUAGCUUAGCAUAAAGAAUGGAAACAGAGGGAAAUGGUUAGCUUGUUUUAGCAUAAAGAAUGGGAACAGAGGGAAAUGGCUAGCAUAGCUUAGCAUAAAGAAUGGGAACAGAUGGAAAUGGUUAGCUUAGCAUAAAGAAUUGGAACAAAGGGAAAAGUUAGCUUAGCAUAAAGAAUGGGAACAGAGGGAAAUGGUUAGCAUAGCUUAGCAUAAAGAAUGGGAACAGAAGGAAAUGGUUAGCUUACCUUAGCAUAAAAAUGGGAACAGAGGAAAAUGGUUAGCCUAGCUUAGCAUGAAGAAUGGGAACAGCUUAGCAUAAAGACCUGUUCCCUCUGUGUCCAGUCUUUGUGCUAAGCUAGGUUGAACGUCCUGGACGUGUCUCUGUACGUUGCAUGUUGAGGUCCUUGAAAAGGUCCUGGAGAAAGCUCCAAGUGAAGCUGAAUGCUGAAAGAAAAGUCAGAAAUCAGAAAACCUGAAAAAUAAAAACCUCCAUUAGCUCACACAAUCUCUAGAAACACGUCUUCAUUAAUUAAGAAAUUAAAAAAUCAGAAACAAGGGUAAUCCAUGCUAACCCAUGCUAACAGCCUGGACUGGUGUGUUAGUUUAUUAGCCUGUUAGCUUCUGAUAUAAAAUCCCUCCGAUCACAGACAGUCUGUCUCUAUGAUGUCAUUAUGAUGUCAUCAUCUCACCUGUUUCUGAAUGCCCCCCCCCCCC